AUGAAGAACAAUAGAAGGGUCAAAAAGGAGAUCAAAGUUACUUAUAUUUCAAGCCCUGUGAAGGUGAAGGCUAGUGCUUCUAACUUCAGAGCUCUUGUGCAAGAGCUUACUGGCCAAGACUCCAAUGUUGCGGAAAUUGAUAAGUUCAAUAUGCCCUUGGAAGUGAAUGGUGGUUCUGAUCAUGAGAAAGAGCAAAAGGGUAAUUCAAUUACUCAACAAUGGAUAGUGGAUGCACCUCAGGGCUGUUUGCAUAGUGAGACCGCCACUAAUUUGUUUGAACAUGAGUAUUACAGUGAGUUUCUUUCGAGAUCCUUGGUGGAGCAGUCGAACCAGCACCUUCAAUAUGAUUUGUUAAGCUUUGAUAUGUCAUAG